GAAUUAGCUGUCGUACCUACCGCCCACGCGUCCAACCGUCGUCUGUACAACGCCAAGACGGGGUACUGUGUACUGCGUAAGCACGCUGAACUCUGUACGGCGGGAACUGGUGUUACUAGAGGUAGGCGGUCUAGCGAACGGCGUGGACUUCAACACCUUACACACUUGACAGGAUCCACUAAAGGCAGCACUCAUUUGUGACAGUAUGUUCAGGUUCGUUCCUGGCCGUCUACUUGUCAUAAUCUGUGUUAUCAUCGUCUGGGCGCAGUGCGUGCUGUACGGUGGACCAGCACUCCUCGUAGCUGCAGAUACACCAGCUAACUGCUCCUUCGAUGCUGUCAGUGGAAAAUGGAUGUUUUACAUUGGCCCGGGAGGCCAAUCAAAUAAGAUCGACUGUUCCAAGCCAUGGCACGCUGUGUCGCAGUGGAGCGCCAUGCUACAUUUCCCAGAUGUGGCAGUCGACAAGAACGGCAUGACGGGAUUUUGGACCCUUAUCUACAACCAAGCGUUUGAGGCUGUCAUCCACGGCAGGAAGUUCUUCGGCUUCUUUGAGUACGAGGUGAUCGACCGGAAACACGUGCUCAGCUUUUGUAACAUCACCACGGGCUGGGUGCACAACAGCGAUGGGCGGAACUGGGCGUGUUUCAAGGGCGAACGGGUGACGGGGCCAGGGGUGGGAGACCCCCCGCAGAGCUACACUGUGGAGGAGAUUGAUGAAGAGCGACUGUACAAACCCAAUGAUGAAUUUGUAGAGAAAAUAAACAAGCACCAGCCCAGCUGGACAGCCAAGCACUACAGUCGCUAUGACAACAUGACAAUGGGUGAUAUGCAACGUCGGGCAGGCGGUAAGAAAUGGAAAAACGCCUACCCACCACCAACCAUCCCAGACAAAAUUACUCAAAUUGAGAGCGCCAGUCUGCCGGACCAAUUUGACUGGCGCGAUGUGGGCGGUGUCACCUUCGUUCCCGACGUACGAGACCAGGGCAUCUGUGGCUCGUGCUAUGCCUUCGCCUCCACCGCACUGCAGGAGUCUAGGUACCGGGUCCUGACUAAUAACUCCAUUCGUCUGGUGCUGUCCCCGCAGGAGAUUGUAAGCUGCUCCGAGUAUGCGCAGAAGUGUGACGGCGGGUUUCCUUACCUGAUUGCGGGGAAGUACGGCCAGGAUUUCGGCCUUGUGGACGAUUCCUGUUUCCCGUACACCGAAUACAACGAGCCAUGUCGUCCCGUGACCUGCCGACGGUUCCGAACCUCUGACUACCACUACAUCGGGGGGUUCUACGGUGCCUGUAAUGAGGACCUCAUGAAGAUUGAACUGCUACGCAAUGGACCGGUGGCUGUCAGCUUCGAAGUCUAUGACGACUUCCUCUUCUACACGGGAGGCAUUUACCAUCACACGCAGCUGACGGACCGGUUCAACCCCUGGAAGACUACCAAUCACGUAGUACUGGUGGUGGGCUAUGGCUAUGCUGGGGACGAUCCCGACACAGGGGAGAAGUUCUGGAUCGUGCAGAACACGUGGGGUGAUGCCUGGGGAGAACAAGGCUACUUCCGGAUCCGGAGGGGUACAAAUGAGGUUAAUAUUGAAAGCAUGGCUGUGGCCACAUUGCCUCGUCCGUAAAGGAAAAUAGACUCCCGUGGAUUGAGAAUGGCUAUGGGAUCUACUUUAAAAUAACCAAUCGAAUGACCAUAAGAGUAAUAUUGUAAGCUGAGUUUUACCGCACUUAUAUUACCAUAAAAAGCAAUUUCGGACAAUCGCACUUCCCUUGAAAUCUCCCACGCAUGCGCAUUCCGCCAAUAAUUAAAAACAGAAAGAAGUAAAGGUCAUUGCCAUAACUGUACACGUAAAUCUGGCUGUUAUUUGCGUCUAUAUUGUUAACAAUAGAUAAAAACUAUUUACAAUCACAAAAUGUUAUCAGUUACAUUCUAUGUACCAUUUUUGCUCGUCUAACUGCCAAAUCCAUGGGCGUUGGUAACCUCGCAUUUCUUUGAGCUCUCAUUGGAAACUGUUGUCACGUGACCUGGGAUCACGUGAGCAAGACGCGUGCGCACUUACUUGUAUAGAUCAUGACGCUGAGGUUCAAACAUUUCUUUGCGUUUCCAUUUCGCCCUUGGUAGUACGUAGUCUGGUUCCAAGACCUAAAGAUUUUGACUGUGGCUGACGAAUCUAAAGUCAGGUAGGCGUCAAUAUCACAUGACCAAACAGUCAGGAUUCCUUACAUUUCCCGAAAAUGCCCAAACUUUCCCGAGCACGUUUUGCACUCGGUAUGUUCGCUAAAACACUGGUGUUUUCUGGCUAAAGGUAAGUUGUAUAUACACACACCAAAAAGGACCUGCCCAAGUAUGUUAAUGCCAGCCUAGAGUAUGCACUCUGACGAGAGCAUAGCUUUGUGAAUGCGACGGUUAACUUUAACGUACGAUCUUCGGGAGAGACGUCAGGGAAUCGUCAGGUCAGGGAACCAGGCUAGGAAAAUAGAAAGGUUCGGCAAACGCGAAAAAUGCACACAUAUCCGUAUAAGUAUCCGUAUGACUUCACACGUAUACGCUGCACGUGUCGGGAAUGCAAACUUUCGGCAGUCGGCAUCGCGCAUCCACGUACACGUAUUAUUUAGGGCCUACUUAUUUUUAUGAAUUCAUUUUUUUAUUUUGUUAAAUUACUUCUCUCAGAAGUAACUAGAAAGAAUUUUCCUCUUCUGAUUAGAAAUUACAAUAAUGUAUCAUACGGGCCUAAUAAUAGAUCUGUUUCUGAAACAAGUGACCUACAUUUAAAAUUAAGAGAAUUUCUGAUGACCCUAUAACAUUUAUACAAACAAACAAGGCUCAGUCACGGUAACGCGCGCAUGAAAUGCUACGCGAAACAAACUCUUUUUUUGGACGUUUGUCACGCUACCAAAGACAGUAUAUGGGAAAAAGAAAGAAAACUCAAGAGAAACUUUCAAUUAAAUUGAACAAAAUUUAAUUCAGAAAAUAAAUCAAACAAAAAAGACAAAACAAUUAGUCGUAUAUAGUCCUACUAUCAACUGAUAAUCACAUCAACACUGUUCUCGACGAAUAUUACUCAUAGGAAACACUUUCAGUAACAUCAAAUGAUAUAUAUUAAUCGGUCAACAUCCAAUUAGUCAAAUAUUGAUUACAUAAUAUUCAAAAUGUUUGACUAUGUCUGAUUCUCGCUCAGAUGCUCUCAGGCAACAAUUUCAUUACAAUACCGCAAAGCCAGGCUAUAUUGCCAUGCACAAAAAAUAAAAUGAUGGGCCCGCCAGUGGUGUUUUUAUUUGCAGCACACAUCGUCAAUGACUU